AUGACCGAGGAUGAGCAGAAGCGCUGCGUCCGGGGCCUGCUGGCGCAGUGGCACCCGGACAAGAACCAGCACAUCCAUGCGAUCGCCACGAGGGUGUUCCAGUUCAUCCAGGAGGAGGUAAGUAGCAUCGUCGCCGAGCUGCGCGCCUCGGUGGACGUUGCCGCGAAGAAGGAGGCGGAGGCCGCCGAGCGGAAAGCUCAGAGGGCGGCGGAGAAGUCUGCGAAGGCCGCGGCGCUGAUGGGGGCGCGGGCAGACAAGGAGAAGGAGAGGUCCCGCAAGGCCAAGGGUGGUGCUGGCACCGAGGUCGACGAGAAGGACGAGGAGGGGGCCGCUGCGGGGGCCACCCAGACCUUCUACUCGGACCUCUACCGCCUGAGCCUCCUGGGGGCGCGGGCGGAGGAGGGCGGCCGGCCUGCGGCCCUGCCCUGGGAGAAGAUCUACUCGGCGGUGCCCCUGGUGCCGGGGCCCGAGGCGCGGUCCUCCCACCAGGCCGUCGCGUGGGACAGGUUCCUGUACGUAUUCGGCGGGGAGUGGUCGAGCCGCGACCAGCGCCGGUACCGCCAGUUCGGGGACCUGUGGAGGAUCGACGCGACGGGAGGGCCGGGCACCCGGUGGGAGCGCCUCGAGGCAGAGGGCGCGCCGGCGCCGCGCUCUGGGCACCGGAUGGCGGCGCUGCCCAGCGGCCACGCCUCGCUAUUUGGGGGCUUCACCGAGGACAAGCGGAAGAAGGCGACGUACCUGGACGACCUGCACGUGCUCCACCUGCCGACGUGCUCGUGGGCCGCCGUCGCGCCCGACCGCACCGCCGCGCGCCCGUGCAGGCGGGCCGCCUGCCUCCUGUGGACGACGCCCGCGGGCGCCUACGUCUUCGGCGGCGUGCGCCCGAAGAGCAAGGGCGGCGACGGGCUCACGAUCAUGGAGGACCUCUGGCACGCGACCGUCGCGCCGAGCGCGCCCUCCG